CACUGUAACGACAGCUGUUCAGUAACGUUAAUGAUAGUUUCGGGUAUUGUUGUGUAAAAGGAGGAUAGGUUAAGAACAACUGCACCGUUUCGCGUUUAGUUUGUUUUUUAAUUAUGAUUAUUAGGAAAUCGUCAAGAGUAAAAAGCACCGGGCGCAACGUGACGCCGCUGAGAGCCGCUCCGCCAUUCUCCAAUUUCCAAACACACGGGUCUAACCGCAGUCGAGGCGCUCGUCGAGGACGCCAACUUUCUGAGUUAAAAGGACAUGGAUGCAACAAACACAGUUUGAGGGCAGUGACUGCGGGUGUGAGCGCAGGAGCGCCGGCUUCAGGACGCAGGAGAGAUCGUGGCGAGGGCCGGCCGACCGCACGCGUCUCCGAGGACUGCAGCCAGGACUCCAGCAGUCUAACGCUGCCCUCUGGCGUCUCCAGCUUUCUGUUGGACUGCUUGGAUGUCGAUUCUCCAACUUUAGACGACGACUCGACGCUUUCAUCCAUCGAGGAGUUUCGCAAAGCUGACAAUUAUGAUGAUGCGAGCGGCUGGCGUGCCGGAGACGCACCGGAGGCCGGGGUGAAGAACUCCACUCUCCUGGACCUCAGCCACGCUCAGGACCUCGCGCUGCAGCCCGCGCCUAACCUGUCCUCCAUCACUGGAGCUGACGGCACUGAUGUGUUCCUCAGCCGCUCUCCUGCACGGGGGCCCUCGCAGACCUCGGCCUCAGGAGCUGAGCUGAGAUCAGCACAGGAGAGAACGCCUGUGAACUCCCGACCUGUCGCUCCUUACCCUGCUGUCAGAAAGUGUUUUGCGGAGAAAAGAAAACUGUUGAAAUACAGAAAGGUGACGUUCAGUGACAUUGUGAGCGUCCGGAACCUGUCGAGCCACAAGGGAGUUCAGAAUGAGCGGCGGGAUCAGCGGGAAAACUGGGAUCAUCCGGACGGAAGCGGAUCCUCAGAUAAACCUGUGAGGUUCUUUGACUUUGCAGAUGCGUGUGAGAAAGAAGCAUUUCUCCACAGACGGAAACAAACACACACGUUCACGUUUCCCGCCAAACCGAUCCCGUCCAGCACCUGAGGGGUCUGACCAGCAGAGGGCGCCGCUGUCGUCAUCAGAGGGACGGAUACUCGUGUAUCUGGGUGAAACAAACACAAGCCAUAAUUCAUAUACAUCUCGUCCACUUAUGGAACAUGCAUGUGUACAAUGAAGUCAAGUUAUGUAAUAUAUACUUAACUGAUGAUUUUAAUGCAGUCUCAAUAACGAGAAGCCAACAGUGGAAUAGAGGAGAUGUUACAUGGAAUUUAAUGGGAAGAGAACCUUAUAAGUUAAAUUAUUUAUACUAGAUGUAGAUAUGUAAAAGAUGAAUAAAUACAAAAAGACAAAUAAUAAAGAACAUUGUGCAAAACUGAUCUUGAUUUAACAAAUUAUCUUGUGCAUAACAAUUAUGAAAUGCUUUUUUUAAUGCCUA